CUUCCUUUUCAUUGCAGGAUGAGUCCGGGUGCCUUCGCAAUUCUCCGUUUUAUGUCGCUUGAAAAGGGAAUGCAGUGAGCGAAUUCCGCUUGGUCACGAAAUUGGUCGGGCCACGAAAACAGCACGAUCACUACCAAAAAAGAAGACGACGACGUAGAAGAACUGCAGCAAAAUGACUGAGACAAGGAACGUCCCUCCUGUCGAUGUGUCCUCUUCGUCUCCAGGCGAAGAAACACCAGAAUCAGUUCAAGUUAACGGUGAACAAGGGAACCAGCAGCAUAACGGCUGGCUUCUCUACACAUUUGCAAGCUGUGCUUUCGUUGUCUUGGCCAUAGCUGUGGGGAUCAUCAUUCUGUUGCUGACAAGAGGCUAUGAUCCUGACAGUGCAGAAGUGCCAAACAAACGUACCAGGCGAGUUGAGGCCACAACGUCAAAUACCAUCCUCAUUAAUUUAGUGUUGGUACCCACUGAAAAACCAAAGAUGCAACUGCACCAAGUUUGCACCAAAGAUUCUGAAUGCGACGCAGCCGAAUUCCUGACCUGCAGAGCAGACCCAAAUGGCUGGGAGAAAGCGUGUCAGUGCAGUGUUGGCUACAUAGAACACCACAACAAAUGUAUUGAGAUCGAGAUGCGUCCCGGAGAUAUGUGUGACUUGAGACACAAGUGCCCAAAGAGCACUAACAUGAUCUGCGACCGCUCUGCCGAACCCCCUAUCUGCCUCUGCAUGGCUGGGAUGCGCUGGAUCAAGAAUAAGUGUAUUCCUGACUUUGGUAAGGAUUUCUUGUGCAUAACUUGCACACUUGAUAAUGCUCUUAUCUUACAGAAAACCCGCCAACAACAGAAGAUGACUCUGGCUACUCUACUAACAUCACAAGUUGAUCUGUUUUAAAUAUAUUGAUAAAACAUA